AUGUCUACCACUACCCUGGAUGGGCUAAAACAAACUAUAAGGAAGUCCAAGAAUUGGCACAAGAGGCAGCAUAAAGAGUCGUGCUCAUCAUUGAUGAAGGAGUUGAGACUCUAUUAUCUGAACUUCCCAAAGGAGUGUCUGAUAGUCAGGUUUCCUGGGAAGCUUUGGCUAGGGUUAUUAGUUCAGUUCCAAAGAAUAUAUAUGGUGAAGGAGAAAUUAUGGACUUUGAUAUCUCAAAAUUGUGGGAUCUGCUCUUGUCAUGGCAGACUAUGGAAGAGAUUUUGCUCUGAGAUAACGACGGAGCUCGGUCUUCUCGCUGAGAACUGGAAAUAUCUUCUCGCUGGGAUUAUCUGUCAGCUAUUUCUCAGAGGUUCCAGUACUCAUCAUGGGUUGAUUGGAGCAAGUUUGAGGGGAAGCCUCUUGAGAAAAGCAGAAGAGGUUAAACCGUAUUUGAAUGGACGAUCUAUGUACCUUGUUGGAAUGAUGGGUUCUGGGAAAACAACUGUGGGAAAGUUAAUGGCUAAAGUGCUUGGUUAUUCGUUCUACGACUGUGACACUUUGACUGAGCAGGCGAUGAAUGAAAGUUCCACCGAUGCACUAAAGAAGCUCUCUUCGAUGUAUCAAGUUAUUGUUUCCACUGGUAGAGGUGCGGUUAUAAGACCCAUUAAUUGGAAGUAUAUGCAUAAAGGCAUCAGCAUUUGGCUAGAUGUGCCUCUAGAAGCCUUAGCCCAUAGAAUCGCUACUGUUGGAACUGAUUCACGACCACUGUUACACAAUGAAUCUGGAGAUGCAUACACAGGGGCUUUCAAGCGUCUUUCGACUAUUUGGGAUGAGCGAGGUGAUGCAUACACAAACGCAAAUGCCAGAGUCUCCUUAGAAAAUAUUGCAGUCAAGCGCGGCUAUAAAGAUGUCUCAGAUCUCACACCAGGUGAAAUCGCCAUCAAGGCCUUUGAGCAAGUUCAGAGCUUUCUUGGAAAAGAAGAAAGUAUGGAGAUCCCUGACGGCGACCUCUAA